AUGAAAGUGAAAGGAGUGCCAGGGAAAUACCAACGGCUUGUUCGAGCUAUGUACGGUAGAGCUAGUACGUACGUACGCUCCGCAGCUGGCGAUAGCGACGAGUUCAGUGUGGCGGUAGGCUUACACCAGGGAUCAGCUUUAAGCCCUUACCUGUUCAUCCUAAUAAUGGAUGCCCUAACAUCGGACAUACAGGAAGAGGCGCCUUGGUGUAUGCUGUUCGCCGACGACAUUGUUCUCGUUGGAGAGGAAGGGCCUGAGAUACAGAGGAGAUUGGCAAAAUGGAAAGAAAGGUUGGAAAACGUGGGUUUGAAGAUCAGUCGAACAAAAACCAAGCACAUGUUUUGUGAUUUUGGUGGUUCUUCAGACUUCACGCCAAUCGCCUUAGAUGGUGUAUCCCUGCCAGUCUGCUCCGACUUCAAGUACCUCGGCUCUAUACUCCAGAACGACGGCAACAUAGACCGGGACGUCACAAAUAGAAUAAACGCUGAAAUGCAGCGAAUACUUAACAAAUUUUAUCCGACGCAAAGCAAUUACCAGAACAAAUACAUAAAGCACUUAUGA